GAUAAGAUGCUCCAAGUCAAUUGCAGCUCCCUUCAGAAGAAAAGUCACUAGCGCUCUGCUCUUGCCAUAAUACCAAACCUUCUGACUUACGCUUCGGCGCUGCCACACUGGAAGAAUUGCACACAGGUUCCAGGAAUACCUUUUUUUUUUUUUGAGUGAUUCUUUGUGGAUGGAAAAAGAUUUGAGUCUUAAUAAUUACCCUGUUUUAAAGCUGUUUCUCUACAGUCUGAUCUGCGUUCUGCAUCGGGCCGCUCCCCCAUGAGCCACGCAGCCAGCUCUCGCCAGGAGCGGGUGGAAAGCUGCGCUGUGCAUGCAGCAGGGAUGGCCCAAGAAGAUAGCCGUCGGGCUCCAGUGCCAUCUGCCUUUUAUCAUGGUGCCAACCAAGAACUUGACCUGUCCACCAAAGUGUACAAAAGGGAAUCGGGAAGUCCUUAUUCUGUGUUAGUGGACCCCAAGAUGAGCAAGCCCCAUCUCCACGAAGCCGAGGAACAGCCGUAUUUCAGGGAGCCAAGGGCAGUGUCUGACGUGCAUGCUGUUAAGGAAGACCGGGAGAAUUCUGAUGACACGGAGGAGGAGGAGGAGGAGGAGGAGGUUUCUUACAAAAGGGAGCAGAUCAUAGUGGAGGUAAACCUUAAUAACCAAACGUUAAAUGUGUCUAAAGGGGAAAAGGGUGUCUCUUCUCAGUCCAAAGAGACUCCUGUUCUUAAGACAAGCAGCGAGGAGGAGGAGGAGGAGAGUGAGGAAGAGGCCACCGAUGACAGCAAUGACUAUGGAGAGAACAGAAGGCAGAAGAAGAAGGAGAAGACAGCGGAGAAGGCCAGCGUCACACACAGGAGAACCAGGAGAGCCAGCUCCGUGGCCACGGCCACCACUUCCCCAACUCCCAGGACGACAAGAGGGCGUAGGAAGAGCGUAGAGCCGCCUAAGCGUAAGAAGCGGGCUGCCAAGGAGCCCAAAGCGCCGGUCCAGAAAGCUAAGUGUGAAGAGAAAGAGACUCUGACCUGUGAGAAGUGCCCCAGGGUGUUUAAUACUCGCUGGUACCUGGAGAAGCACAUGAACGUUACUCACAGGCGCAUGCAGAUUUGUGAUAAGUGUGGCAAGAAGUUUGUCCUGGAAAGUGAGCUGUCCCUUCACCAGCAAACAGACUGUGAAAAAAAUAUUCAGUGUGUUUCCUGUAACAAAUCAUUCAAGAAACUCUGGUCCCUUCAUGAACACAUCAAGAUCGUCCAUGGAUAUGCAGAAAAGAAGUUUUCCUGUGAAAUUUGUGAGAAGAAAUUCUAUACCAUGGCUCAUGUGCGGAAACACAUGGUUGCACACACGAAAGACAUGCCAUUUACAUGCGAAACCUGUGGAAAGUCGUUCAAACGCAGCAUGUCCCUCAAGGUGCACUCCUUGCAGCAUUCUGGAGAGAAGCCCUUCAGAUGCGAGAACUGUGACGAAAGGUUUCAGUACAAGUACCAGCUACGUUCCCACAUGAGCAUCCACAUUGGGCACAAACAGUUCAUGUGCCAGUGGUGUGGCAAGGAUUUCAACAUGAAGCAGUACUUCGACGAGCACAUGAAAACACACACUGGUAAGAAUUUCUUGGGAAAAGUACAGAUAUGUCUCAAGCACUUGUUGAUGAUCACCU